AUGACUGAAACAAAGGCAAGUAUACCAGGUGGAAUAAUGGUCUCUUUGAAAAGUUUGGUGAUGUAUAAUGGAUAUAAGCCAACUGAUUUAAAGAUACCGUUAUUGUUAUUUCGUUAUGAUGAUAUCUUAAACUUUACGACAUUACCAUCCAUGGAGGAAUAUCGUAAGGGAUAUGCAUCCAACUAUAGUUCUACCACCUUAAACUGGGAUAAUUAUUUCUUGAGAGACGUAGUAGACUUCGAAGAGAAUAAGUUCAUUUUGGAUUUGUAUGAAGGGCAUAAUAAAAUUGAUAAGAAACGAAUCUAUAACGGCUAUUUAGAUGCUGAAAAAAAAAAUCGACAUUCUGCAGUAAUAUUAAAUGUGUUUGAAUCUGGAAUAUAUUGCGCUUAUAUUGCACCUCCUAUUGAUAGAGGAAUUAAGAAGAUGAUUGCCCCGAUCAAAGUAUUUCGUUCUGAAUUAUUUUCAAGCAAUAUGCUUUAUGCAAAUUAUUCUCAGACAAAAUAUAUUAUUGGUAUUGGUAUAUUGUUAGCGGUGUAUUUAAUAAAUCAUAUUCUGAAAUUUAGAAAAGACGGACAAUGGGAUAUCAAAAAUAUACCAAUUAUUUCAAAGGCGGUUAUAUUUUAUGUAUUAUUACCAUUCUUAUCAUUAAUUUUUCAUGAGUGGAUUGUAAUAUUUAUUGAAAUUCAUUGCAAGUUAAGUAGAAGCAAAAUACGUUUCUUUGAAUAUUUUCGUCUAACGUACCAAUGGAUUCAACCUAAUUGGGAUAUCUUGCUCCGGUUGUAUGUUUUGCUCUUUGCUAUGGGAUAUGGUGUAAUUUAUUAUAAUAAGGGGGCUUCAAGAACAUUCAGUAAGAUGCCAAAGAGAAAUAUGAAUUUAGCAUGGUCACUUGUUAUUACUAAUAUAAUUGUGACUAAUAUCCAUCAUGUAUAUGAAAACCAUAUUACCUAUUUGAAGUCAUAUCAGUUUUUAACAUUAUAUAAAGGGACGUUUGAAUUCAUAUGCAUGUUAUGUUCCACCUGUUCCUCUACAUUUCCCUCCAUAUGGAACUUCGCAUCCUUUUAUUAUUAUUUUAAAACAAAAGAUAUUAUUAAGCAAUUACCGCCUAGAGAAAUGGAAACGGAGGGAAUUGAUACGAAUAUAAGAAUAUUGACAGCAUUUAAACAUUCUCAACUUAUCAUUGCUAUAUCGCCAUGCAUUCCACUAUUGUCAUUGAUUACAUCAGGCACACGCAUGCUAGUCCUGUUGGUUCUUUCAUUAAACAAUUUUAUCUCUGCGGAGAUGAAACUGAGCGUCGAAAGAUCAUCUAGAGAAGAACUCAUUUUUCUGGUGAAAUUAGAGAAUUAUAAGUUACUUCACCUGAUGAAAAUAGCGAUGAUUUCAUUUGAGACAUGGCCAAGGGCUAUUAAGAUUUAUGUGACUAUCGGUUUGAUAUAUAUGAUUUGGAUUAGAACUAACAAUGCAUUCGUUAUUGAGGAUGAGAAAGAGGAUCUCAAAGAGUGA